AUGGUCAACGACCGGUGGAAGACCGUGGGCGGCGCUGCCCAACUUGAGGACCGGCCGCGCGACAAGCCUCAGCGGCCGAGCUGCGGCUACGUGCUGUGCACGGUGCUGCUGUCCCUGGCGGUGCUGCUGGCCGUGGCCGUCACCGGGGCCGUGCUCUUCCUGAACCACGCACACGCCCCAGGCACGGCCCUGCCGCCCGUCGUCAGCACAGGGCCGGCCGGUGCCAACGGCGCCCUGGUCACCGUGGAGAGAUGCACGGGGCUGCGGAAGGGGCACGGCUCGCUGGGCCAGGGCCUCAGCACCCUGCAGAGCGAGCAGGCCCACCUCAUCCAGCUUCUGUCUGAGAGCCAAAGCCACAUGGCUCACCUGGUGAACUUGGUCAGCGACGUCCUGGACGCCUUGCACAGGGACCGGGGGCUGAGCCGGCCCCGAGUCAAGGCCGACCUUCAGAGGGCGCCUGCCAGGGGAUUGCGGCCCCGGAGCUGUGCCAACGGCUCUCGGCCCCGGGACUGUCUGGACGUCCUCCUGAGUGGGCGGCAGGAGGACGGCGUCUACUCUGUCUUCCCCACGCACGACCCCGCCGGCUUCCAGGUCUACUGCGACAUGCGCACCGACGGCGGGGGCUGGACGGUAUUUCAGCGGCGGGAGGACGGCUCCGUGAACUUCUUCCGAGGCUGGGAGGCGUACCGGGACGGCUUCGGCAAGCUCACCGGGGAGCACUGGCUGGGGCUCAGGAGGCUCCACGCGCUGACCGCCCAGGCGGCCUACGAGCUGCACGUGGACCUGGAGGACUUCGACAAUGGCACGGCCUACGCCCACUACCGGAGCUUCGGGGUGGGCCUGUUCUCAGUGGAUCCCGAGGGGGACGGGUACCCGCUCACGGUGGCCGACUACUCGGGCACUGCAGGUAGGGCCCCAGGCUGCAGGGGCGGGCGGCAGGAAGCGGGGGUCCCGCCCCUGCUCGGCCUCUCGGCACCAACACCUCGGGAGGCUCUGGAGCCAGGGAACCGUGGCACCGAACGGCUGCUCGCCUGCCGAGUGGGAAAGCCGGUGGUUUCACAGGUGCCUGAGCUCCCGGCCGGAGCAGCUGCGGCCAGGGGGAGGCGGGGGAGGCGCGGCCCCCAGCUCCGGGAGCCAGGCGGCCCUGACACGGCGGGAUGGCGGGAUCGGGAGGGGUGGGCACCAAGGCCGCCUCCGCCACACUCGGGGCCCAAGCCCGUCAUUCAGUCAGUGCUGCUGCCCACUGCCCCCGCCCGAGGCGGCCUCGGGGACAGGCGCCCAUCUGCCCCUCGUCAGGUCACAUCCUGCGUCGGGCCUUUUGUCAAUGCAGCCGGCACUGCCCCCUCCUUCGCCACCAGCGCCCCCAAUGGAAUCCCAGGGCCAGGAAUGCACAGCGGAGCACAAGGCGGCCGCAAGCCCACGCAGGGCCUAUAUAAGGCAGGGAGGGCCCGGGAGCCGCACCUGCUGGACCCCAGCCCAGCAGCCCUCCUGGGAGCAGGCCCGCAGCGCGGUGAGUACAGCCCCCACGCCCCGCAGGAGCCCCGCUCAGGCCGGGGAGGUGAGCCCAGCGCCUCACCUGGCGGCCGGAGCCGCCCUCAGGGCUCAGCCUGGGUCCUCACCCUGUGCUCCUCCUGCCACGUCCUGGACGCUGCGGCCUGA